UUUUACUUUUCAAACGCAGCUCGGGCAGAAGAGCUCAUUCUUUGCCUGGUAAACAGCGGAGUUGGCGCUGAUGCGUCCUGGCAUGUGAUUCCACUUUAGUCAAAUCAAUCGCCUCGCUGCUGCAGCCUCCCCAUUAAACUUUCCAUGCUGUUGCCCGUCCAAUGGACAGCACUUAGGAGCUUUGUCUGGACCCUAUCUGCUCCCGCUCGCUCGCUCGCUCGCACGCUGCGCUCCGGCUCUCCACCGUCGGCUCUCCACCGUCGGCUCUCCAGGUUCAGAGGGACUCACGCGGCUCGGGGAGCUGGCCUGGGUCUCCUGCACACAUGGAGGGAGACGUUAUGGACAAAGUGGAGGCCACGGCGACUGUCCGUGACUUCGACCCUAUCAGUGGGAGCAUCCCCGCCACCAAAGUAGAGAUCACCGUGUCCUGCAGGAAUCUCCUGGACCGAGACACUUUCUCCAAAUCCGACCCAUUGGUGGUGUUGUACACGCAGGGCGUCGAGUCCAAGCAGUGGAGAGAGUUUGGGAGAACAGAGGUGAUCGACAACACGCUAAACCCAGACUUUGUCAGGAAGUACAUCCUGGACUACUUCUUUGAGGAGAAGCAGAACCUGCGCUUUGACGUGUAUGAUAUUGAUUCCAAAAGUCCAGAUCUGGCAAAGCAUCCAACCGACUUUAACGACUUCCUGGGACAGGUCUUCUGUACGCUGGGAGAGAUUGUUGGCUCACCUGCCAGUCGCCUGGAGAAACCUCUGGGAGGUAUACCUGGGAAGAAAUGUGGGACCAUUAUCUUGUCUGCCGAGGAGCUGGGAAACUGCAGAGACUAUGCCACCAUGCAAUUCUGUGCCAACAAACUAGAUAAAAAAGACUUCUUUGGGAAGUCAGACCCCUUCAUGGUCUUCUACAGAAGCAACGAGGAUGGCACGUUCACCAUCUGCCACAAGACUGAAGUGGUGAAGAGCACGCUGAACCCUGUGUGGCAGCCCUUCUCCAUCCCCGUCAGAGCACUCUGCAACGGAGACUAUGAGAGGACAAUCAAAGUGGAGGUGUAUGACUGGGACAGAGACGGGAGCCACGAUUUCAUUGGUGAAUUCACCACCAGCUACAAAGAGCUAUGUCGAGGUCAGAGCCAGUUAAACGUCUACGAGGUGGUGAAUGCCAAGAAGAAAAUAAAGAAAAAGAGAUACAUCAACUCUGGGACGGUGUCCUUGUUGUCAUUCAAUGUGGAGUCGGAGCACACCUUCCUGGAUUACAUCAAAGGAGGGACUCAGAUUCACUUCACAGUGGCCAUUGAUUUCACCGCAUCAAAUGGAAAUCCGUCCCAGUCCACUUCACUGCACUACAUGAACCCGUACCAGAUGAAUGCCUAUGCCAUGGCCCUGAAGGCCGUGGGAGAGAUCAUCCAGGACUAUGACAGUGAUAAGAUGUUCCCUGCCCUGGGAUUCGGUGCUAAGCUGCCCCCUGAUGGGAGGGUCUCCCACGAGUUCCCCCUUAAUGGCAACGUCGAGAACCCGUACUGCAAUGGCAUGGAGGGGAUUCUCGAAGCGUACCAUCAAAGCCUUAAGACGGUUCAGCUGUAUGGACCCACCAACUUUGCUCCUGUUGUCAAUCAUGUGGCAAGGUAUGCAGCAGCAGUGCAGGACGGGUCUCAGUACUUUGUUCUCCUCAUCAUCACUGAUGGCGUCAUAUCAGACAUGGCUCAAACCAAGGAGGCCAUAGUGAAUGCAGCUAAACUCCCCAUGUCUAUCAUCAUUGUCGGAGUUGGCCAGGCUGAGUUUGAUGCCAUGGUUGAGCUGGAUGGUGAUGACAUCAGGAUUUCCUCACGAGGGAAGUUGGCAGAGAGAGACAUUGUACAGUUUGUCCCGUUUAGAGACUACAUGGACCGCACAGGGAACCACGUGCUGAGCAUGGCGCGGCUGGCUAAAGACGUCCUGGCCGAGAUCCCUGACCAGCUGAUCUCCUACAUGAAGAGCAGAGGCAUUAAGCCUAACCCCGUCCCACCAGCUUACUCACCUGGCGACUUCCCCCAGACCAACCCCGUCUGAGCCCCACACACAGCUCCGAGGUGGGGCAGGGUAGGAGCGUGGACGACAGGAACCCGCCUCCACAACCGUCCUUUUGGUUAAAUGGAAACGAGGCCCUUUCGUAAAUAUUAAUUCGGCUAAAUAUAAAAGAUGACGGGACUCCAUUUUGUUUUGGAGAACUGCGGCUGCUUUGGGUGAACCUGCUGAUGAUCAGGGAGAUUGUUUCGCUCUGAAUGCUGGAGGAUGAGAGCGCAGAGAGGGGCCCGGUGUAGACAGAGGUUUUAGUUGUUCGCUGUCAAACCUGUCAAAGUGGUGAUGUAAUGGAUAGCAAGUAAACCUGUAGAGAGAGCCUGUUUGAGGGCGUAAAUAUAUUAGAAUGUGACAGUGUGUAUCAUGUUUGUGAUACCCUUUUGGAAUCGGUGUGUGUUAAACUAGGAAAUCAUGUGUAUACUAAUUUAUUUAUUUAUUUAUUUAUUUAUUGCAGAGUAAUUUAUUCCUUUCAGGGGGUUUUACAGGGAGGGGAUUAAAGUCAUAUUCCCCUGUAGUUUUCCAUCUUAUAUUUUGUGACCAGUGUAAUAAAAAAAAAUCCCCAUUUCUACUUUGAUAAGGACUGUAAUAUAAAAGCAUGUGAUAAAACCUAUUCAGCAGUUUAUGGAUCAUUUUCACUGAUGGAUAAUUUUUGAUUGCAAAGCAGUUAUGUGGAGGACCUGCUGUGAGCUGUUGCCAUACUGAUUUUCCAGCACCAUGUCCUAUAGGUAUUUCUAAUAUUUAUAUUAACAGAAUGCACUAAUUACUGUCCAAAUAAAAAGCACAAAGGUAAUAGUGUUAAUAAGCUUGACACCUUUAUUUUGAAGGAACAGCUACCACAAUAAAAAUAAUGGAAAGGACCCCACAUUAUGUUUUUAACAUGGCUUUAACAUCAUUUUAAACCGGAUCACAACAGGAACGGUGUUUAUAAGGAAAUAACUAUACUGAUAUAUUAAAGUCAGCUUAUAUUCAUCACAGAAGCUGAUGAAUAAUUCAGAGCACAUACUCACGUUCCCAGUUAGUAUGCAGAGAGGUAAACUGUAAGUCAUGCUGCCACGUCUCAUUCGUCAUCUCGCUGUUUGUGUUUCUUUCCAUUAUAUUUGUUGUGGUUACAGUUUUAUUGUCUGGGAUUUGGCUCGGACCCUACAAACACACUUUUCAGAGACUGAUGUCAACUAAUACCCACUUUCUUUUCUUCCUCCUUAAAUUGAUUUGUUUCCCUGAAUGAAAAGUGAAAGAUCACAAAUCUUGCAAUGAGGUAUUUGGGCGUUGAAUGUUUUGUUUGUUUUUGUUUUUGGUUUGUUUUUUGAUGAAAACAACAUCAGAUUGCACAAAACAAAAUGAGACCAUCUUUCCUUGUUUAUUCAGUGUCUUAUGAGUGCAUUGUUUUUACUCUGUCAAAUUAAUUGAGCGUUCCCAGACAACAUUGUUUUACACUAAUGCACAACAGAACAUUGGGAUGCCAUUUUACUACCUGAGAUCCAAUUUCACAGUUUUGUUUAAGGAUUAAAUUCAGCUUUCGGUAUAUUUACUUACAUUUGCAUUUCCUUUCAGUGACUGUGUGCACAUUUUUAAAGACAGCUGUAGCCCGGUUGUGUACAUCCUAUCUAUAUAUAAAGGCCAUUAUUUCCAUUAGUAUCUCUCAGUCACUCAAUAUCUCGAUCCAAAUGUGCCUAUUAUAUGGAAACAUAUCCAAAUUCAGUUACCCAGGUGUUACUCUGCCAGCAGCAGUAGGUCUCGUGUUAAAGACGUACACACAGAAAAUGUUAGUGAUGAUUAAACUGUUGCAAGAUUAGGACUACUACACGCUGUCUCUACCAGUGUCCUGUACUUUUUAUACUUACAGCUCUUCACUAACGAUCUUUGAAAUAACGAGAGUGUCUCUGAGCCUUGUUGUACAAUAUUCUAAGUCAAGACUUGUUUACAACUCAACUGUGGCUAUUAACAUUGCCUCAAGGAAAAAAAGUAAACAUUCAUGAGUUUCAUUAAGACGUGAGUUUAUUUCCGGUCCGUUGUGUUUGUGCAUUAUUCAGUCUUGUUUUGUGCUUUAAAAGAGUUUCGUUGGAUGCCACUGGAGAACUACCGUUUACAAAGAGUUGUCAUGUUGUUCCCAGAGAAUGUGAAGCUCAGAUCUCUCACUGUUAUAUUUUUGUUUUGUGUUGAGGGCAAAUGUGUUUACGUAAUUCAUGUUGCUUUACGAUCUUUGUUUGCCGCAUAAUGUCCUCUGACUCCCAUUGCUUUAGUGCUCUCAGAGAGAAGAUAUAGUGUGAUGAUACUGCAGAAACUCAGUCCAGAGGCAGUGGGCUCCUUCUGUCACAGGCCCUGAUCCAUAUUUGGCUUUUUUUUUCUUCUUCUUUUUUUUUAAUUUUUCAUUAGCGAUGACUUUUUUUUUUCCCUCAAAAGACAAAGCAGCGUUUAAUCUGCUGCCAAAUUCACUUGUUCAUCAGAAGUUAAAUAAGGCCAUUAAGUUAAGUUACAUAACACGCAUAUAAAUACCAGAAUACCUCUGCGGAAAGCCAUUCAAGCCAAAAGGAAAUCAUGAAUAUAUACAUUCUUAUGAAAUAUAUUUAAAGAGAUAUUAUGAAUGAUUGACUUAUAUAUCUGAUAUAUUUGCUUUGUAAGUAACCUAUUUAAAUUCUGCUUUUCAAAGUGAUUUAUUUUAACAUUUUAUUUUUAAAAGCAACCACAAGUUAAUCAUUACUCACAGGAAUUAGUUAGAAAAAGUACAGUGCGUCAUGUGGCAGGCACGUGAAGUCAGCAUCAGCAUGCAGCUCAUAUACUAUGAGUGUGUUUCAAAUGUCUGAGAGUAUACGUGAAAACGUGGAGUUGGGGCCGUAUGUUGUGUGCACUUUUUCAUACAUAUUUCAUGUAAUUAAUAACAAGAUGGCUUUUUUUCUACCAAGAUUAUAAUAAGCUAAACCCCUUUUUUCCCUCUUCCCUUUGUGAGAUUUCCACCACAGGGAAAUCAAAAAAUGACUACCCUCAGAAGUCAACAAAUAAUCAGUAAAUAUGAAAUGAGCACAGUAAUGACACUUAUGCAAUUGUGAAACAUGAAAUUAUAAUGAAAUAUAUAUUUCAGUCUAAAAGAUGUCUUUCCAAUGAUACAAUUAAUUCUUUUCUCUCAGUGGAAAUGGCUUUGAUUACCCCUUCAUUUUGAAUUUUCUUUGAGGCUGAACUCUAAUUAUGUACAUAAGCCCCAUAUAAAGAAUACUCAGAGCCAAAGUGUGUUCACUUGUUGAACUUGGCCUCUUUAGACAACGUGCAUGUUUGUGCCAAAAUGGCAGGAAGUUUGUUAGAUGACUUUCAUUUCACCCGAUUAGUGCAUCUGCCAUGUGCUUCAUUUGUUACUUGGGAUGUUAUUUAGAGAUAACGGCCACCUCUCGCAUGUUGCAUCUCUGGUUUCUUUCCAUUCUGUUCCUAUGAGACACAUACUGUAUGGGUUCUUCUUGCCACUACUCCUGUUUUAUCCCAGGUUGUUUACAUACCUCUCUUGGUCUCUGACUUGCAUGCUGAAUAAUUUCCAAACCAGGUGUUGGACAUAAUAUUGUCGUCAUACUGUGGUUUGUGAAAUGCUUUGUAAUGGAUUGCCUUAACUGAAGAUUAAUAAAACAUUGACAAC